GACUGGAGUGAUGGCACUGUCCUGGCCCGCUGGAGAAAGAAAACUUAGCCCUGCCCGCCCCCUACUCCCACCCUCCCCCCACUGAGGGGGGAGGACCGGUCGCGCCCCUCAACCCCAGCUCUCCGCCUUGGGAAUUUUAGCGAUGCUAGACCAAGGCCACCUCGAAAUCACGGAUGACUUCUCUGAUAUGCAGCGAACUGACUCUGAAGCCGAGGCGCUCAGAGACGUGCCCACCUGCGGGAGGCUCCUGGGAAAUGCAGCCCCGGAGGCCCAGGAACCAUGAGCCCUGCAGCCCCGGUCCCGCCUGACUCCAUCCUGGAAACUCCUUUUGAAGAAAUGGCCCUGGUGAGGGGUGGCUGGCUGUGGAGACAGAGCUCUUUCCUUCGUCGCUGGAAACGAAACUGGUUUGCCCUGUGGAUGGAUGGGACCCUGGGCUACUACCACGACGAGAAUGCGCAGGACGAGGAGGACCGUGUGCUCAUCCGCUUCAAUGUUCGCAAUAUAAAGAUCGGCCAAGAGUGCCACGAUGUGCAGCCCCCGGAGGGCCGGAGCCGAGAUGGCCUGCUCACUGUGAGUUUUCGGGAGGGCUCCCGCCUGCACCUGUGUGCGGACACCCAGGAUGACGCCAUAGCAUGGAAGACGGCGCUGCUGGAGGCGAAUUCCACCCCGGCCCCAGCUGGAGCCACCGUCCCUCCCAGAAGCCGCCGGCUUUUCCCCAAGGUCAGGUGUGUGACCAGCUCGUGGAGCCCCUGUAAGUUUGAAAGGCGAAUCUGGGUGCGUGUCUACAGCCCGUACCAGGACUACUAUGAGGUGGUGUCCCCCAACGCGCACGAGGCCACUUAUGUUCGCAGCUACUACGGACCGCCCUAUGCAGGCCCCGGCGUAACGCAUGUGGUAGUGCGGGAGGACCCCUGCUACAGUGCCGGCGCCCCACUGGCCAUGGGCAUGCUCGCGGGGGCCGCCACUGGUGCAGCUCUCGGCUCACUCAUGUGGUCGCCCUGUUGGUUCUGAGCCCCGAGACUCAGCGUGCAGACCCUGCGCAUGAAACGACCGACUUCUUUUCCACCUUGACCGCGCUCUCCACCCCAAGCCCUGCCCAACUUUUGCCUCCUCUCUGUAAGCCAUUCAGAGCUUGGCUCAUACCCUCCCACUCCCCACCCUCAUCCUCAACAUCCAAAGAAGUUAUCAUCCCAGGCACAAAUGUUUACUCAAAAGUCUUGUAUCUACUGCUAGACACUCCAGAAAUCCAUUAUAGACACAUAUGGAUAUGUUUGCCCCAAACACAUCAGGACACAACAACUCAUGUGGCUUCAAGGUUCCCCAAGAACUGGAGACACAGGAGUCAGGUUCUGCCCUCACGUGGCUCCAGGCUUGGGAAAAACAGGAGUAAACAUCUGAUGAGGCAGUUGUCAGUCCUUUGACAGCACGAGGGGAGAUGAAGGGAGAGGGAGAGAGGAAGGUAAGCUAGAAGCAGCAAGAGUGCAGAGCCCUCUGUAACAACCAUGGCAUGUCAAAGAAAUUAUAGGGACGUUUAAUUGGGCUGGGGUUGGGGCAGGGGUCAGAUUGUUCUGCGUCUCCAGGUUAAGAAACUUGGCAAAGAGGCAGAUAGGAGCUUUUGGGGAGUGAGGUUUUAUAAUGAAUAUAUUGCCUAUUUUGUUAACAGACACAUACCCAAACCCACAACACUACAUUUGGCCCCAUCCUCCCCACUACCUGCUUACUGGGUCACCUGCUCCUUCAGUGCUCAGAAAGCACCUGCUUCCCAUGUCAGGGUGCCUGGGGCAGCAACUGAGCUGAACCAAGGGUUCCCUUGCUUCUGUGGGGGAGGGGCAGGAGAGGAGUGUUUGGGACCUCCACCACAGGACGGUGCCUCGUCAGGAAAUGUAUUUCUGCUCCCCAGAAAUAUGCCCGUAACUGCGCCUGUCCCCAUCUUAGGCGUUGUAUCUCUUCCUUCAGGGGCAGACGGCAGUAUUGGGUUCUGGGGCCUGAUCCACCUCUGUCUCAGCCCCAAAGGCCUGCCAUGUGCCUCCCUGCAGGUGUCCCAGGAGUCUCCUCCCCCAGCCUGUCCCAAUUACCACAGAAAUGCUAAUAUCCCUGCCCUGUAGCUAGAGUAGCCUGCUAAAGUACCCCUGUGUAUUAUAGGGGCUCCAGUGGCCCUGCUGCAGAGACUAAUAAAGGCGUGGUUGGCUUUAA